AUGGCGUUAGUACCACCCCUGAACCAGCGCGAAGCGCGCCCGCCGCCGGACGCGGAAGCAGCAACUGCGCCGCCGACGGACGCGGAAGCAGCAACUGCGCCGUCGCCACGGGACGCGGAAGCGGCGGUGGCUGCGCUCGCGGCGUCGCCCGUUCCCGCAGCGUCCUCCCGCCCUGUCGAAGCAGCCGUUGCAGCUAGUGCGAGGUCAAUCAACGCGGAGCGCGCGGUCAACACGGUCAACGCUUGUAGCCCGGUCAACGCGGUCAACGCGAAUUGUGCAGCAGAGGCGGUCAACUCUGCCAGCACAAGCAGCGACGUGAUGAGAAUGAGCGACCUGCCCAACGCGAUCCAGCUACGCAUCCUCUCGCUCCUCGCAUCUCCUCCUCCCUCCCUGCCUGCCGCCGCUCCCCAGCAGCAGCAGCAGCAGCACGCAGCGCCCAUCUCCAUUCUGACCAGCAGCGGUAGUAGUAGUGCCAGUGUCAGUGCUGCUGCGGGUGGGGAGAGUAGCGGAGAGCAAUUGAGUGCGGGUGGGGAGAGUAGCGGAGAGCAAUUGAGUGCGGGUGGGGAGAGUAGCGGAGAGCAAUUGAGUGCGGGUGGGGGGGCGCAUGCGGAGGAAAGAGGGGAGGAGCAGGAUCAGGAGGAGCGGCGGGUGAGGGCUGCAGUGGCGGAGAUGAUGACACGUGGCUAUGCUGUGCUGGAUGGCUUCAUGGGGAUGGCCGAGGCGGUGGCAGCAAGGGCGGAGGCAGAGCAGCUGCGAUCGGCGCAGUGCAUGCGACCCGCACGCAUAGGCGGAGGGCAGGGAGCAGCAGCAGCAGCAGCAGCACUGGCGCUAGCACUAGCAGGAACAGGAGCAGGAGGAGGGGCAGGAGGAGGGGCAGGAGGAGGGGUAGGAGGAGGGGCAGGAGGAGGGGGAGGAGGAGGGGCAGGGGAGGAGAUGAGUCUGGUGGGGGGUCCGCAGGUGGACGUGAGUGUGAGGGGCGAUGUGCUGGUGUGGCUCACAAUCUCGUCUUCUCUUCAUCCGACUUUUGAGUCGACUCAAAAGUCACAACGUGUGAGAAUCUCCUCUUCUCUUCAUCCGACUUUUGAGUCGACUCAAAAGUCACAACGUGUGAGAAUCUCCUCUUCUCUUCAUCCGACUUUUGAGUCGACUCAAAAGUCACAACGUGUGAGAAUCUCCUCUUCUCUUCAUCCGACUUUUGAGUCGACUCAAAAGUCACAACGUGUGAGAAUCUCGUCUUCUCUUCAUCCGACUUUUGAGUCGACUCAAAAGUCACAACGUGUGAGAAUCUCGUCUUCUCUUCAUCCGACUUUUGAGUCGACUCAAAAGUCACAACGUGUGAGAAUCUCCUCUUCUCUUCAUCCGACUUUUGAGUCGACUCAAAAGUCACAACGUGUGAGAAUCUCCUCUUCUCUUCAUCCGACUUUUGAGUCGACUCAAAAGUCACAACGUGUGAGAAUCUCGUCUUCUCUUCAUCCGACUUUUGAGUCGACUCAAAAGUCACAACGUGUGAGAAUCUCCUCUUCUCUUCAUCCGACUUUUGAGUCGACUCAAAAGUCACAACGUGUGAGAAUCUCCUCUUCUCUUCAUCCGACUUUUGAGUCGACUCAAAAGUCACAACGUGUGAGAAUCUCCUCUUCUCUUCAUCCGACUUUUGAGUCGACUCAAAAGUCACAACGUGUGAGAAUCUCCUCUUCUCUUCAUCCGACUUUUGAGUCGACUCAAAAGUCACAACGUGUGAGAAUCUCCUCUUCUCUUCAUCCGACUUUUGAGUCGACUCAAAAGUCACAACGUGUGAGAAUCUCCUCUUCUCUUCAUCCGACUUUUGAGUCGACUCAAAAGUCACAACGUGUGAGAAUCUCCUCUUCUCUUCAUCCGACUUUUGAGUCGACUCAAAAGUCACAACGUGUGAGAAUCUCCUCUUCUCUUCAUCCGACUUUUGAGUCGACUCAAAAGUCACAACGUGGCAAUGGCACUCGGUACGCACGGCACACGGAUCGGUCCCCUUCCAGCCCGCACCGCCGGGUGACGGCUCUCUACUACCUCAACCCUUCCUGGGACCCCGCCUCCAUGGGCGGCAACCUGCGGCUGUAUCUGCCGCGCGCGUCUCAUGUGGGGGACGGUGGUGCUGUAGGAGCAGCAGCAGAAGCAACAGAAGAAGCAGCGUCAGCAGCAGCUGUUAGAACAGGGAUGGGUCAUGCAUGCAGGGCUGGUGGCGGUGGUGGUGGCGGUGGCGGUGGCGGUGGCGGUGGCAGUGGCGGUGGUGGUGGUGGUGGUGGUAACAGCGAUGGGAAGCACCAAAGGGGAGAGGAAGAGGGAGAGGAGGGAGAGGAGGGAGAGGAGGGAGGGGAGGAGGAGCAAGAGUGCAGUGUGGACAUAGCGCCGUUGGCAGACCGUCUGGUGCUGUUCCUCAGUCAUAUACCCCACGAGGUCCUGCCCUCGCACGCCCACCGCUUCUCCCUCACCUUCUGGUUCUGCUGCUCCCCGCUCGCACAGCAGGAAACUCCUGAGGCGGUUCCAAUGGGAGUAAGCUGCACAGAUGGCCCCCACUCGCAUGGACAGGAGGAGUGCACAGCGCCAGGGGCAGGCGUGCAGGGGAACAACGUGCAGGGGGCAGGGGUGCAGGAGGGAGGAAGUGGAGGGCUAGGAGGUUUUGAGACGUCUCAGCAGCACUCGCAUGGACAGGAGGAGCGCACAGCGGAAGGGGGACGUGUGCAGGGGGGAGGAAGUAGGGGGCUAGGAGGGGAGAUGGCGGGGCGAGGGGGGUUGCCGAGGGAUGGAGGGGGUGCUUUGGGUUGUGAAAGAGGGGGAGGUUGGGAGCAGAGAGCAGGGGAGGGUAGCGCAGGGGAGGGAAGCAAGGAGGUUGAUUUUGAGAAUUCUCAAAAGCAACCUCAAACAAGUUGGGAGCAGAGAGCAGGGAAGGGUAGCGCAGGGGAGGGAAGCAAGGAGCGCAUCUUUGUGUCGAUAGCGAGCUACAGGGACUCAGAGUGUGUGUGGACGGUCAGAAGCCUCCUGGAGAACGCUGCUGUGUGGCAGCAGGUCACUGUGGGCAUUGUUUGGCAGAUCGAGGAGGAAGACUGUGCAGUCACCACUGCAGCGCUGCUGUCCUCCCUGCCGGCCUGCUACCACCCACAGAUAAGACAGGUGGUGCUACCAGCAUGCAUGGCAAGGGGACCCUGCUGGGCGAGGGCCAUAGCUCAGCACAUGUGGCAGAGCGAAGAGUACUACCUCCAGAUCGACUCUCACAUGCGCUUCCUACCCGCAUGGGACACCCAACUCCUUGCCUUCCACUCCCGCGCCUCCCGCCUCUCCCCCAAGCCCAUCCUCUCCUCCUACCCCCCUGGUUACUUCGGCCUGGGCGCUUCUGCCGUCAUCCCCCCUAUAGACGCCUCCGCUGCUUGCGUUCUCCUGUGCGCGAGCCAUUUCAAUGAGAGAGACGGAAUGCUGAGAAUUAAAGGGAGGCGGGUGUGUAGUGGGAGAAAGAAGGAAGGUGGGGAGGAGGAGAGUGACUGGAGUGGGGGACCUGCUGAUGCUGAAGAGGGGAAAGGGGAACGGGCUGGAGGAGAGGGAGGGUCGGGGAAAGGAGGGUCGAAAGAGGGAGAUGGAAGAGAAAGGACGGGAAUACAGGGUGCGGUAGAGACAGAGAGGAAGGAGAGAGGGGUGAUCCAGGAGAGAGGGGUGGGUGGGGGCUCUCCUGUGCCGUCGCUGUUCUGGGCUGCUGGUUUCUCCUUCUCCCGCGCAUCAGUCAUCCAUGAGGUGCCCUACGACCCCACACUCUCCUUCCUCUUCUUCGGGGAGGAGCUCUCAAUGGCACUGCGCCUCUUCACACAUGGAUAUGACUUCUUCUCUCCGCCGCUCCCUCUCGCCUUCCACCAGUGGUCCCGCGCCUACCGCCCCUCUCUCCCUACUGUUGUCGCCCCCUGUCUCGCCCCCUCUCCUGCCCCCUCACUCGUGCCCGCACUCUCAUCCUUGUCACCACCGUCUGCAAUAAAAUCUGCUGCCAAGGCAGCCGCUAAGGCAGCGGCACAAGCGCGGGUUCAGCUGCUGCUGUGCCCCCACGGGGCAAACGGUGCAGGGUUUGAGGGCGGGGAGAGUGGAGAGGAGCAGCAGAGCGGGUGUAAGGAGAGGGAGAGAGCAGCGGCAGUGGUGGCAGCAUAUGGUGGGGGGGAGCGGCUGGAGUGGAGUGUUGUGCCUUGGACGGACGUGCAUGGCAAGGCUCUGGGCACAGUGAGGGUUCUCCAGGAAGCUGAGACUCAUGCCUUUGCUUCUGCUCCUGCUGCUGCUGCUGUUGCUGCUGCUGCUGGCGCUUGUGGUGGUGGUGGUGGUGGUGGUGCUAGUUCUGUUGCCGCUCCCUCUGCAGCACCUGAUGUGUGUGCCAGUGCUGCUGCUGGCUGCUUGCGAGUGGGAGUGGGGACACAGCGCACGGUGCAGCAGUUUAUAGGGCAUUGCGGAGUGGACUUUUGCAGGAAGGUGGUCAGUGAGCGGGCGAGGAAUGGUAGUCUUGCGGCUUCGUGCUUCAUGGAUGUUGGUGGUGAUGCUGGUGAUGCUGGUGAUGAAGCUGCUUGUUGA